AUGUCGCUGCUCUCUACAUCUGCACGCAGAGCCCUGCACAGCACGUGCGCGACCCGCGCGCUGUCAACCAAAGCGGCGCGCGCGAGCUCUUCCGCGCCGAAGUACCCCUUCGCCUUCCUCCCCGCAAACUCGCUCCACCCGAAGCCAGGCCGCACAAAGGGGCUCACCGAAAUCCGCGGCCCGUACUACGCACCAGUGACCAAGACCUACCUCGACGAGCUCCUCAGCGACUGGGGCGGGUACGUCGACGGCAUCAAGUUUGCCGGCGGCUCGUUCUCGCUUAUGCCCGAGGAUCGUCUCCGGGCACUCAUCGACACUGCGCACAAGCAUGACUGCUAUGUCAGCACGGGCGGGUUCGUCGAGCGCGUCCUCGCGUCCUCGGCCGGGAACCCGCAGGUGAUCUCCAAGUACCUCACAGCGUGCAAGAACAUGGGCUUCGACGUGCUCGAGCUCUCCUCCGGCUUUCUCUCGAUACCCACCGACGAUUGGGCAGCGCUGAUCGACUUUACCGCGCGGCACGGGCUGAAGCCCAAGCCCGAGGUCGGGAUCCAGUGGGGCGCAGGCGGAGACGCGUCCAUCGCGGAGCUCGAGUCUGCAGGGACGCGCGACCCCAAGUGGCUCAUCGACCGCGCCCGCGCGUUCCUCGACGCCGGCGCGUACAUGAUCAUGAUCGAGAGCGAGGGCAUCACGGAGAACGUGCGCGCGUGGCGCACGGACGUCAUCUCCGCCGUGACGUCCGCGCUCCCGCCGGAGAAGAUUAUGUUCGAGGCGGCGGACCCGGCGGCGUUUGCGUACCAUAUUCAGACGCAGGGCGCCCACGCGAAUUUGUUCGUGGACCAUUCGCAGAUCGUCCAGCUUGCGUGCCUCCGGCGCGGUAUCUGGGGCGCGGGAAGCACGUUCGGGCGCAUCGUCACGUUUGACCAGUCGAUGCAGGAGGUUGGAUGA